AUGGAGCAUAAUUAUUUAAUCGCAAACGGAAGAAUAUAAAAAUACAAGAAUUAGAUAAAUUUUUUGGUCAUACUAGUACGGUCUAUUUAGUCUGUUUCUCUCCUAAUGGAAAUACUUUGGCAACAGGUAGUAAUGAUAAUUCUAUACUAUUAUGGAAUGUUAAGACUGGAUAAUAAAAAAAUAAAUUAGAGGGUCAUACUGAUCAAAUUAUAUCAGUCUGUUUCUCUCCUGAUGAAAAUGCUUGAGUAUCUGAUAGUGUUCAUAAGUCUAUACGUUUAUGGAAUGCUACGACAGGGUAAUAGACAAAUAAAUUAAAUGGUCAUAUUAGUACGGUCUUUUCAGUUUGUUUCUCUCCUGAUGAUAACUCUAUACUUUUAUUGGAUGUUAAGACAGGAUAAUCUAUAGAAUCAACAGAUAAAUGUUACAAAGAGGUAUUAAUUUAAUUGA